UCACAAUCUUUUCAUUCAUUUCAUAUUUCUUCGCCACCAUUUGCUCUCCACCAUAUCAUUUCCACUCUCCCUCUUCGCCUCCUCCUCCUCAUCCGCCACCACAUUCCAUCCUCCUUCCCCAUUUCCUGAACUUUUCCUCCCCUUAUAUCUUCCCCUUAAUUUUGCUCAUUUGAUCGGCCUCCCUUCACUAGCCCAUUUCAAUUUUACUUCCACAUUCAUUGAUUUCUUAUCUUAUCUUUAAAUACAGACGCAAAAUAUAAAAGAAAACCAGCCCCCUUUUCUCCUUAUAGACAUUGCAAAGUCUUCUUCAGCUUAUCUUCUUCUGACAUCUUAACUGAUCCAUGGACUCUGAGCAGUUCUUCAGUGAUUCGAGCAUGAGUUUCGAAUUUGAAGAAGAUGAGUCAGUUAAGCAGAAAUCAAAUUCAGUUCCAGCUCCGACUGUUGCCUCUGAGAAUCUAAAUGGAGGUUUUGAUUGCAACAUUUGUCUGGACUCAGCACAUGACCCUGUGGUCACCCUUUGUGGUCAUCUUUAUUGUUGGCCUUGUAUUUACAAAUGGCUCCAUGUUCAGAGCUCCUCCCUCGACUCUGAAGAACGGCCAAAAUGUCCAGUCUGUAAGACUAACAUUUCAAACUCCCUAUUGGUUCCUCUCUAUGGACGUGGAACAUCGUCACCAGAAUCUGAAGCGAGGAAGUGCCAACUGGAUUUGGCUAUACCACAGAGGCCCUCUGCUAUUGGAAUCAAUGCUCUAACCAGUAAUGCAUCAUCAAUAGGGUCUCAUUCACACCAACAACUUCAUGCCAAUCUGUUCCAAUCCCAGCCGGAUUCUUUUCAACAACCGCAGUACUUUCAGCCACAGUUGCAGCCUUUCCAUCACCAGCCAUAUUUCCCCCAUCCUUUUGGUGGUUAUGCAUCCAUGGGACCAUCUGGAUUUGGAAAUACAGCAAUGACCAGUUAUUACAGUCCAACUAUCGUGAUGUUUGGGGAAAUGGUUUUUCCAGGGAUGUUUGCCAGCUCAGGCACAAGUUUGUUUUCCUCUAGCCAUCCUGCUACUGUAAAUGGUGGCCCUAGGAGGAUGAGAAGGCAGGAGCUGCAGGUGGAAAAGUCUAUGCGGAAUUUACUCUCCUUCCUUGUCUGCUGCUUUGUGCUAUGCCUUCUACUUUUCUGAUGUAAGUUUUGUUUGUGUAAUUGUACAAAUUGUGAGACUGUCCUUAUAAAAACAGUCACAGAGAUUAGAUACAUGUAGCAAUUUAGAGGUUUUAGCUGGAUAUGAAAACCUGGCGGACGACAUUUGUCUCCUGUACAUGAUAUAUCUUCUAGUAUUGUUACUUAGAAACUUAUAUCAAGCUCAGAUUGAACUGCUGUUGAAGAAAAAAGGGUGUCAUCCCGGUUUACUCACCCUUCUUUUAGUGAUGUGAGAAGUUUCUCUUGGUGGGUCUCUGUAUCUUGUUUUAGCUGUCAUCCUGUGGCUGAGUUGGAUACCUUAUCAUUUGAACUUUGAAGUGGAAAGAUAAAGGGGGGUUCGCAUCUUCCACAUCAACAUUAUUCUGACUGAUGAACAAGGCAGGAGUGUUUAUGAA